GUGCUCGGAGCGAGCGGGUAGCGCGUGUAGGGAGCAGGAAUCCGGGCUGUUGGACAAGUCGCUGCCGAGAUGUUCAGGAGGCACAUCCCAAUUUUGACAACAGACAUGAUCCCUCCAGCCAGGUGAACAGCAAACACUGCAGUCACCACAGAGCUCGCUCCUACGUUGCACAGCUUGCUGGAGGAUAGACGCUGCAAACUCGCGAACAGUGUUGUUUUUUAAUUCAUAAACUCCUCCCCAGUUGAAAGGCUGCAAGAUCACAUCCGAGAUGUCGAGGAAAAAGACACUAAAGAGCAAAGGUACCUCGUCUCCCACCACCACCUUACCGGCAGGACGAAGCAAAGAGCAGAAGAAGUCGGCGAAAGCCAACUCCGGGGCCCAGGGUCCGAUUAACGGGGUGGCCAUUCCAAACAGACCAUCCCUGAGUAACAGCAGCGAGUUUUAUGACAUUGCAUUUAAGGUCAUGUUAGUUGGAGACUCUGGCGUAGGGAAAACCUGUUUGCUGGUGCGCUUUAAGGAUGGAGCGUUCUUAGCAGGAAGCUUUAUUUCUACAGUGGGAAUUGACUUCAGGAACAAAGUGUUAAACGUGGAUGGAGUGAAGGUUAAGCUACAGAUCUGGGACACUGCUGGCCAGGAGAGGUUUCGCAGCGUAACUCAUGCCUAUUACCGAGACGCCCACGCUCUGUUGCUGCUCUAUGAUGUCACAAGCAAAACAUCAUUUGACAACAUUCAGGCUUGGCUGACAGAGAUCCAUGAAUACACAACACAAAGCGUGGUCAUCAUGUUACUGGGAAACAAGGCUGAUGCAACUCAGGAGCGAGCAGUAAAGAAAGAGGCAGGAGAAAAGUUAGCCAAGGAAUACGGUGUGCCCUUUAUGGAAACAAGUGCCAAAACUGGCCUAAAUGUUGAGCUGGCAUUUAUGGCCAUUGCAAAAGAACUGAAACAUAGGUCAAUUAAAUCACCAAAUGACCCCAAGUUCAAGCUCCACGACUACGUGAAUGCCGAGAUGAAAGGCACAGGCUGUUGCAGCUCGUAACUCCCUCGGCCAUGCUGCUGACAUACUGGUACAAGACUGAUCCGCGUUCAACAGCCAGGACACUUCUCCUUGUGCUCUACCAUCCUUUGUAAAGUCCUUGCAUGUCUGUACUUGUUGUCUGUACAUUUGACAAGUGUUUAAUCCAAGGAGAAGACCUUGAAUUCACGCAGAGGGUGUGUGGAAUAAAGACGCUAAAACUUAAAUGACGGCAAAUCAGGAUCGAAAUCAUUAUCCUUGAUUGUUUACCUAAUCAAAAUCUGCUUUUGCUGAAUAACGGUUUGUAUCAGUAGAAAAACAACAAUGUGUAGGACAGUAAAUAUACAUCGAUGUCCGUGAAAGUAUGCUGUGUAUAUUUUUAAAAUCCUUUUAAUUUAACUUCAUUCGGGAACAGUGGAGAGUCCACGUCUGAAAAUAAAUCAAGAUACUGGUUGCAAGGAAUAACUUGGAAAGUGAAUUCAACAAGUUGCUGAAAUACUGAAAACCUUUUUUUAAGAACUAUGAAGUUGGACUUAAUGAUAAUUUUAUUAAUAGCUACAAGAUCCGUACAAAAUGUUUUUGAAGUAAACACACUAGAGUGGAUAGAAAUGCCGGUGAAUAUGAUUGGAAAUCAUCGUCGUUAUGUGCUGUGUGGUAUGACAUUAUCAUUAUGUGCCAUGUUGUAAGACGUGGGCAAUCACAGUCUUUCCAUAACAAUGAUUGCUCUUGGCAAAUUUUUCUACAGAAGUGGUUUGCCAUCGCCUUCUUCCGGACAGUGUCUUUACGAGACGGGUGACCCCAGCCAUUAUCAAUACUCUGCCUGACACCAGUGGUCGCAUAACCAGGACUUGUGACAUGCACCAGCUGCUCAUAUGACCAGCUAUUACCUGCUCCCAUACUUCACGUGAC